AUAUAUUAUAGACAUGUGAUUUCCAUUUUGGGAAAAAUUGUGCAGGUUAAGGAUAUACUGUAUCAUUUAUACAAGGCUGCAGUAGGAAAUAUGCAGAGACUUGUACCAAAGGAGAUCAGGAUACUUAAGUACCUUCUAACAAUUGAUGACGUAGAAGAGCAGCUCUUAGCACUAAAAGAUGCAUUUACGCCUGGUGCUGAACUGGAAGGGAAGGAUGUAGAUUGUUUGUACACGACACCAGAGCAGUUGCAUACAUGGAUCAGUACUGUUGUGGAUGCAUACUAUUUCAGUAGAGAAGGAACUCUCAUCAGGGAGGCGACAGAUCUAAUGAACCCCAAGGUCGUUCAGAAACUAGAGUAUCUCAAGAAGCUUUUGCAGGACCAUUUCCUAUAAAUUUCAUUAUGUACCUUUUCAUUGUGAUGAGAGCUAAUGACCUUGUACAAUAAUUUUUCUAUUGGUUUACAUAAAGAGAUUUUGAUCCUUAAUCGCCUGGGUUAAUGAGACGUGUAAGCCAGUUAUGUACUAUGAACUAGGUGAGUGUAUAUAUUAUAUUAUUGUUGCUAUUUUGCUUCAACCAUACAGAAGUUGUAAUGACCUGUCAUUACAUCACACAUCUUUCUGGCUUUAUAUGGUUGAGUUCAAUCAUAAUAAACAUGGAUUUAUUUGAUCU